AUGAAGAUAACUUGCGCUCUAGUCCUUAUCUGUGCUUUCUGGGAGGUGAAAGGAUAUCCCCAUCCCUACUACGGAAGUAAUUUUGACACAAUUUCUUAUGGCUCCGCCGACAGCAGCCGUGGUGGUAUGGUGUUAAGCCGUUACUAUAACCCAUACUACAACAAACGCGCCGUUGGUGGUGGAAUGGCAGCUUUUAUGUUCAGGCCAGAAGAACAAUAUCAACCUCAAACCAGCCAGUAUUACUUGCCUGACAGACGUCGCCAAACCCAGCCGGAAUUGAACUACUCGCCUCAACAAAACGAGGUCUAUUAUCCUCAAGUUCCCGAUCAAGCCGAGCAAAUUCCAGAGCAACCGGUAGCAAUCCCCGAACAAGCGGUACCCCAACCAGAGGUUCCAGUAGUAACAGAAGCCGUUAUCGCGGAACCAACAGAGAAAUCCGAAGUUUUAACAACCACAUUAAAAGCGGUUGUUGAACCAGAAUUAGCAGAACCCGAGUCAGAAGAAGUUCCCAAACCAGUAUCCACACCAAGAAAACGUGUCACAAAGAAGAAACAAGUAAAACGGCCAGUAGAUGAUGAUGAAGAAGAAAGCGUUGACGAUUACCCCAGAAUGCCGUCCGGAGCUUACUUCCCAAUGUUCUUCGGUUGGGGUGGAAGGUCAGCUGGCGCUCCAAGUGGUGCCACCGCAAUAGCCAAUGCCUUCAGUACUGGAAGAGGUGGUGUAGCUACCAGCCACGCCACAGCGUACGGACCCCCGAAACCAGACAAGAGAGUUCAAAGAAGCUACGGAGGAGGUGGUGGCGGAGGUGGCGGCGGAUUCGGCUUCGGUGGCGGAAGUGGAUUUGGAUAUGGGGGUGGAGGUGGCGGCGGAGGUGGAUUUGGAGGAGGACUUGGGGGAGGCCUUGGGGGGGGUGCUGGACUAGGAGGAGGAUUAGGAGCCGGAUUAGAUGUUAUUCGAAGUGGCGUUCAUGGUAUCCUCGAUAAAGUCCACGAAGGCCUCGGCAGUAUCGGCGCUGGUGCAGGCGGGGCCGGCGGUUUUGGUGCUAGUUUUGGAGCUGGUUUAGGAGGAGGUGCUGGAGGUGGCAGUGGGUUAGGAGGAGGGGCCGGCGGUGGCCUCGGAGGUGGAAACGACAAAGUUAUUUACACCAAGUCUGACGAUGGUAAAUCCGGUGGAUUUGCAUUCACUGGAACCACUGGGAACGGUGGAUAUGGCGGGGGCGGUGGAUACAGCAGCGGCGGUGGCGGCAGUGGCUAUGGUGGAGGAGCUGGAGGAGGACUUGGCGGUGGACUAGCUGCUGGUGUUGGCGGAAGUUCUGGAGGAAACGGUGGUGGAAAAGGUGCUUUUGGCGCCAAUGGCCAAGGAGGAAUAAAUGGUGGAAGUGGUAUCGGCGGUGGACUUGGAGGUAGUACUGGAGGAUCCGGAAAUAUUGGAGUUUCGGGUAGCGGAGGACUAGGUGCUGGACUAGGAGGUGGACUUGGAGGAGGUGCUGGAUUUGGUGGCGGACAUGGAGGUAGCGCUGGAGGUUCCGGUGGUUAUGGUGGUUCUGGUAGCGGAGGACUUGGAGGUGGAAUAGGAGGUGGCGCUGGACUAGGUGGUGGGGCUGGAGGUGGACAUGGAGGCAGCGCAGGAGGUUCUGGAGGUUAUGGAGGUUCUAGUAGCGGAGGACUUGGAGGUAGUGCUGGGGGUGCAAUUGGAGGAGGUGCUGGAUUUAGCGGCGGACAUGGAGGCAGCGCUGGAGGUUCCGGAGGUCAUGGUGGUUCUGGUAGUGGAGGACUUGGAGGUGGAAUAGGAGGUGGCGCUGGACUAGGAGGUGGUGCUGGAAUAGGAGGUGGGGCUGGAGGUGGACAUGGAAGCAACGCUGGAGGUUCCGGCGGUUAUGGAGGUUCUGGUAGUGGAGGACUUGGAGGUGGAAUAGGAGGUGGCGCUGGACUAGGAGGUGGUGCUGGGAUAGGAGGUGGGGCUGGAGGUGGACAUGGAAGCAACGCUGGAGGUUCCGGUGGUUAUGGAGGUUCUGGUAGUGGAGGACUUGGAGGUGGAAUAGGAGGUGGCGCUGGACUAGGAGGUGGUGCUGGAAUAGGAGGUGGGGCUGGAGGUGGACAUGGAAGCAGCGCUGGAGGUUCCGGUGGAUAUGGAGGUUCUGGUAGUGGAGGACUAGGAGGUGGUGCUGGACUUGGAGGCGGUGCUGGAGUUGGCAGUGGACUUGGAGGAAGUAGUGGAGGUUCUGGAGGUUUCGGAGGUUCCGGUAGUGCAGGACUUGGCGCUGGACUAGGAGGUGGCGCUGGAGGUGGCCUUGGUGGUGGACUUAAAGGUGGUGCUGGAAUUGGAGGAGGACUUGGAGGUUAUGCUGGAGGUUCCGGGAGUGGAGGACACGGUGCUGGCUUAGGAGGUGGACUUGGAGGUGGUGCUGGACUAGGAGGUGGCGCUGGAAUAGGAGGUGGAGCUGGAGGUGGACAUGGAGGCAGCGCUGGAGGUUCCGGAGGUUAUGGAGGCUCAAGUAGCGGAGGACUAGGAGGUGGAAUAGGAGGUGGCGCUGGAGGUGGUCUCGGUGGUAGCGGAGGAGUUGGAGGAGGACACGGAUUCAGUGUCGGAGGUUCUAGUAGUGGUGGUCUCGGUGCUGGAUUAGGUGGUGGACUUAGCGCUGGAUUAGGAGGAGGACUCGGAGGUGGUGCUGGAGCUGGUAGUGGACAUGGAGGUUUCGGAGGUUUCGGAGGUUCCAGUAGUGCUGGCCUCGGUGCUGGAUUAGGUAGCGGACUAGGCGCUGGUAUCAGUGGCCUAGGAGGAUUCGGUGGUUUCGGUGGAAGCCAUGGCGGUUACGGAGCGUCAGGAGGGUCCCAUGGUGGUUCAAGUGGAUGUGGUUCAGGUUCCUGCGGGGGCUGCGGUACAGGUUCUUGUGGUGGCCACGGUGGGGCAUUUGCGAAAGCGAGCGCCUCUGCCUCUGCCUCAGCAAGCAGUUAUGGAAAAUAG